AUGACAGACGUCUCCCGUAAUGAUGCUCUGUGCAUCUUCUACAACGAAGAGAUUACUGAUGAAGCUGCGAAAAAACCCGCAGUGAGACUUGAUUCAUUCUGCGGGUUGGAUAUAUGCUACACUGAAGAUCCAAAGAAACCGAUGCUACAAACAAAGGUAAAGAUUCAUGGCGACCCAGCUUAUUAUCAUCUGUAUAAUGAUCAUCAUCAAAAAGCAGAGAUAUCUGCGGAUAUGGUGAUACUUAGUAAGUGA